AUGCAGAAGAAGGACGAGGAUUUUGUUCAGAAUUUCUUCAACGAGAUUGGAAUUGAAAGAUGGGUUCUCAAAGUUUGGAUGCACAACAACAAGAACACUUUUGGGAAGAGAGAUGGUAGCAACGAAAUCAACAACAACAUCAACAAUGCUGGUUUUGCAAAGAGCUCUUUUGCAAAGGAAAAUCAUGACCUUGUUAUCAACAACAAUAGCAACAUCUCUGAAAUCAAUGGCAAUGGGAAUUGCAACCAUGGUGCUGAGGAUCCAAUUCAUCAUCACUACCAGAACCAUGGUGGAGCAACUGUUCGUGCUAAUGGGUCAUCUUGA